AUGCGCCAGACACGGCCCGCGCCGAUAGUCCUUCCGCCGUCUCUGAAAAGAACAAAAGAAAGGAUAGCGAACACAGAUCAAGUCUAAAUAAGCGUUCUCGCGCCCGCCACCCCCAAGCGGUAGUCAACGAUAUUGAUUUUCAGAGAGAGCACAGCAUUAAGCCGGGAAGGUUAUGGACCCCUGAAGAAUCUCAGCCUCGCAAAGCUGACACGGGACGGUCAAGAGACCGCGAACCUACAACGCUGAGUCGCAAUUUUGACCAAUCUUCCGUGGAAGACAAUACAGAAGUCCUGAUCAAACAGCCCGAAACUCGCCCCAUUAGCCAAGAACAGCUUGUGGCCGAAGUCAAGGGUAUAUAUGCUGGGCUUGUUAUGGUGGAGAGCAAAUGCAUCGAGGUUGACAACGCUCAGUCGUCGAGUAAGGAUACAAGCCCAAUACUGAACAACGAGCAGUGGCAGGCUCUGAUUGCUCUGCACCGCACUUUGCUACAUGAGCAUCACGAUUUUUUCUUGGCAUCGCAGCAUCCUUCUGCUAGCCCAGCUUUACGCCGCUUAGCAAGCAAAUACGCUAUGCCAGCGCGCAUGUGGAGGCACGGAAUCCACUCCUUCCUCGAGCUAUUACGCCACCGUCUUCCCGCAUCGCUGGAGCAUAUGUUGACAUUUAUUUACCUUGCAUAUUCUAUGAUGGCCUUGUUAUAUGAGACGGUGCCGACAUUUGAGGAUACCUGGAUUGAGUGCCUCGGCGACCUGGGACGCUACCGAAUGGCUAUUGAGGACGAUAACCUCAAGGACCGUGAGGUGUGGACUUCUGUCUCUCGUCAUUGGUACUCAAAGGCGAGCGAUAAAGCCCCAACGACAGGACGCUUAUACCACCAUCUCGCUAUCCUGGCGCGCCCCAACGCUCUGCAGCAGCUGUUCUACUAUGCGAAAAGUCUCUGCGUCCCCAUCCCCUUUCUCAGUGCUCGGGAAAGUAUCAUGACCCUCUUUGACCCGCACCUGAACGGCACUCCCACGCGGUUGCAGGAAAUCGAUGCUGCCUUCGUCCGCGCUCACGGCGUUCUGUUCUCUGGCAAGAGCAGCGAGCUGUUUACUCCCUCUGUAGAAGAGUUCAUUGGUAGUCUUGACGGGCACAUUGCACGGAAUACAAAGGGGUGGAUGGACUGCGGAUACUUUAUUGCUGUUGCUUUAGGAUGCGCCAUGCUCGAAUACGGCAGCGAGUCGAACCCUAUCAUGAUGGCUAUCAAGACGAGCCGCACGGAGGAUGCCGACGUUCAGAUGGAAGACCACAAGACCCCGGUAACGGCCAAGUUUCUGGACGCCCUCGACUUUGCCGUCCGCACCCACAAUGUGGUCUUUCUCCGUUUUGCGGACCCGAACGUUGACCCCUACCUUCACGUUACUCUUUCGUUCCUCUACCACAUGUCAUAUUUUGCAACAGCAAUGGGGUACAUCGAGUCAAAGAUGCCAUGGAAGCUCAUCUCGUUGAUGCUAAACUCGCUCUUGAAAAAGUGCGUAUCAGUGGGCAGAAUUGAGUCGGAAGACUUCCCCCGGUCCUACGAUGAGAUGCCUAGACCUCUGCCCGAGGACUUUGCUCAACGCGGGCUGCUUUGGGUCGAUAAUUAUUACCCCGAAGACUGGUUUGCUUCCAAGCUUGACGACGACGAGAAAUACUUUGAGGUGGCAUCAAUGACAGAGGAGCGUCGGGAGAGGUGCCUUUGGCUCGGUUGCCGCAUCGCGGCGUCGGGCAACUGGCUUACAUACGAUAAGUCGACAAGACAAUUCGGCGUGCCGCCGCAAUACGAUUUGGAAAUUCCCGGCAUCAGCAAUGGUUCCGAGGCGGAGCCGCAGGCGGGUGACGACGGUGACGUAGUCAUCCCAGAUAUCUCCGAUGGAGCUCCCUGACGGUUGUGGACGGGCGAGCUGUCUUUGUGUCCAGGGUGGCGUUCUGGGUUUUUGGUGUACAAACAGGUGUUGAGGGCUGCGCAUGGGUUAGGCGUUACUCCAAGGGCAUGGAAAACGACUGCAUGGCCGGGGCGUUUGCGGUGGUCUCUAUCAUUGUGUCUCUUAAGAGUAGUAGAUUUGUCUAGUCAGAUAGCAAAUCUCUUGGAGACCGCACUACAUAGUAUUACAUAUCCAAAUAAACAUUCAUCUGUCAGA